AUCGGAUUCCCAUUUCAAGCUUCAUCAGACCACCGUAUUGGGACAUGAUAGGUCUACCAAAUGUGACCUUGCAUUCCAUCUCGCCCGUAUGACUGCGACUGCCCGUAUCACUUCAGCCCCUACCGAGUACAUUUCACCAUACGGAGUAUAGAAGUUUGACAAACCUCCGCAUUCCCAUCUUCCCCUUGAAAUCUUCUUACCUCCGUACAUUAAUACUCAUAUACCCACCCCUUCUCAUCUAUACUCCGUAUCUGCCGAGCAUCCUUCGUUUCCCUUCAUUCCCCUCCGUUUCCUUAACUGGCGCAAACGGCCAAACAAAGUUUCCAACAAACAAAUCCACUCUUCCGGGCGGGCUUCGCGUUUGAACGUUGGAUUAUUGAGAAGUUAGAUGUUGGGGCUCGGACAUUUCCCCAGCUUGUUAGACUCGCUUGGCGCAGUUCCUAGAGAGGUCAAGUUGAUGGCGUCGCGCUACUUGGAGGCUUUGCUUUGGUGUUGACAAAAUUCCUAUCGACGAAAAUAAUGUCAUCCCAAGAAAUUUCAAUGACCUCAGAGAAGCGGAAGGCUUCGAUGGGUGCCAUGAAGACGACGCCGGCAAAUCGUGCCUUCAAUCAAUUACCUGACGAGAUCAUUGAGCAGUAAGUCCGCCAAACAUUCGAGUGGAGCGAAAGCUAUGGCUAUGGCGCUGCUAUGGCGUGCGCACUGCACAGAAUAUGAGCACGAGUACGGACCUCACUAACACCAGAUCUGGGUAGCAUCUUGCAAUUGGCCAGUCCGAAUGCAUUUGCAUCCCUCGUCAUAAUCAAUCGAAAAUGGAGGACAGUUUCCCAGCAGGCGCAUCUGUACGCCCGUCAUCUUUCGCGAUGUUCCUCAUGCUCGGCAUACCACCAGGCCAUCCCCGCGGCCGAUGCCGAUGACGAUCGCAGUCUGCCACGCCUGAAGAAACUGUUUGCUCAAGAAAUUAAACGGAAUUUAUUCGAGGCUUAUCUAAGACCGCACGAGACAAUAAUAAGCUUGGUAUCAACGUCCAUAAGCUCAUCUUCUGCGCCAGGAGGCGAGGCUUUUCAUUUCAGCAUUUCCCCCAAGGGCCAUUUGAUAUUGGCAUACAGCUGUUCGCGAAUCCACGUUAUAGAUGUCAAAGGUCCAGAGGUUGUGGUAAAGAGGGAGCUAAAGAUACUACGAAGGCCUGCAUCUACUACCAUCACGGACGAUGGCUCUCUACUUGCGGUGUUAUCGACGGAUCUCCAGGUUGAUCUAUACGAUUUAACCGGGAAGCACCCAAAACAUACACAUGCAGUAGCUCUCGAUCAUAGCCCACGUACCAUUGCUUUGUCACCAACAGGAUCUGUCUUAGCCGCUGCCUAUGAUGCGGGCGUGGAAGUAUCUUCCUUGGAUCCGGGUAAUUCAAAUACGGAGCGGAGAGCCGUUAAAUGUUACGGCGUGGAUAAAUUAGCAUUCUCUGCAGAUGGGACUCAAUUGCUUGGAACUACCCUCCAGUCGCGUAACCCAAGUACGGUCAUUUUAACAGCACCGUACUACAACACUCACACGGGUGGGACAUUGCCCGAAGAAAAUGUCAGCGUCAGCGCUCUAUGGACCACAUCGAUACUGUUUCCAAAUGGAAGUCGAGACUGCAGUCAUGCUGUUCUCCUCCCAAGCGGUUCCGAUGAAGAGGCAAGUUGGGCAUUCACAUAUGACAGAGUACUCGAAACGUUUCGUGCAGUUCGUAUCGACGACCUUCGGAAUGGAACAACGUAUUUUACUGGCCCCGUGGCUGACGCAAAGUCUGCUGCGAAGCUUCUUCCAAGCACCCUUCCAACCGCUAGUCAGCGAGGAGACCUCGUAGCGGCUGGUUUCCAAGGCGCCAUCUGGAUAUAUGGAGUUCCAGAAGACUUGGACGCUCUACCACUCAUGUCCAAUACUGUUAACAGCAAUUCUGAUAGCGGUCUUAGCACUCCACCCGCUCAACUAGGUCGAAGAAAUAGUGCCCCCUCGCUUCACUCUGUCCACAGGCACAGAGACACUAUAAGUAGAACCCCUCAAUGGCAACUUCUUUGUGAUCGAUUCCGAAACAAUUUUGUUGAAGGCCGGAAGAUUUGUACAUUUGAUCAAGUCAGUGCAAUGAGCUGGAUCAGUGAUAAUCCAGUUUCAUCCCAUGGAGAAAAGCUUAUAGCGGUUGCCCCUGGGGUUGGAGGAAAGUUUGCGUUCGCUGAGAGCUGGGAAGAAGAUGGAAUGAGUCCGAUUGAUGGCGGUCGUAUCUCUAUUUUGGAUUUCAACUAUGCCAUUAAUGAUGGCAAGAAAACGAUGAUAACAAUUGAAGUAGGGGCAAACGAAGCAGAGGUUCUGGAAGAGGAACACAGAGAUUUGGAUACAGAAGUCGCGAUAGUUCGAAGAAGAACCGUCGCACAGCGGCGAGGAGACCGUAGCCAUGUCGCCCGCGCUGGUUCUAUUCCUCGUUCGCCAAAUGAUGAAUUGCCUCCAUUGCCCCCGGUAGAAGAUGAAUUGGGCGAUCCUUAUGCAGCCCAACUACCGCCUUCAAGGAGACCGAGCAAUCUAACGUCGAAUUCUGAUGAAAUAGAUGAUGUCUCUCUCGACGAAGCGCAGGAGGCGUUCGAUGCCCCAUAUUCUCAUACUAAUCCUCGUUCUACCACCACGCUUCGAAGAGCCGCUACAGCCGCGGCAGUCAAUCGACGACUACAUCCUCGCGCUGUUGCUCAAGAUCAUAUUGAAUAUCGUCGUGCAGAUGGUCGUGAAGAACAUCCCCACGAGAGUGACGCGGAUAACUGGGUCCCACCACCCCCACCAUACACCAAGGAUCCCCUGCCACCAUUGCCCGAACACAUCCAAAGAUCUCUACUUGCAGAGGCCGCUCAAUUGACUUUGCAACGUGCAAGCAAUGACAGGACGCCAAGUGUAGAGUUUCUUGGACCAGACUCUGGAGGAUUGUCUCGGUCUCGUACAGUUGCUUCUACGAGUACUGCCAGAUCCAGACGCGAGUCAUACCCGUUUCAGAGAAGUGUCAGCGAUUCGACAACAGCCAACGUCGAUCGCGUGUCGUUUGACGAGGAAAGACCAAGACCAAGACCAAGACCGGCUUCCAGCCCCGGUUUUUCCGAAUUCGACGACCUUUAUGAUGUCUCUCCUCCUGGAAGCGCUCCUGGAAGUCCUCAUCUCAGUCCGCAUCCAAGUCCUCAAUCAUCAUACGAAAACACCAUUUCAAGGCGACCAGCUGGUGCGCUUCCAUCUAUCAACGGGAACACAUCUCCAGCAUCUGUUAUGAUAGCUACACUCCAGGGUCCUGUUUCACCUAUUCCCCAACCGCCUAUGCCCAUGACCAACCUAAUGGAUAGUCGACUGCAGAGUCAGACUAUUUUGCAUGAGUACAGACCCUUUCCAAACAUGGACAUAGCGUCUAGACCUAGAAAAUAUGAAGAUAAAGCCCUUCCACUACCACCGGCCGACGGGGAACUAUCGCCUUUACCUCCAGCUCUUCGUAGCAGUUAUCAAGUCCCAGAAAUAUCGCCAUUAUCACCAUUUGGACCCUUUGAAAGUGUGACUCCUGUUUCACCGCUUACAUCCCCGCUAUCAAGGCGGUUCACCUCCAUCACCGCCGUAUCGUCGAUAAGAAAUGAUGAAGACGAUGAUAUUAGACCUGUUCCUAUAUCGAGGCGAAGCGAUACUGAGCCGAUACCAUCAGUUCGUCCAGCUACUGCUACCGUGGUAAAGCAGGGAUCCAUGGUAGCUCCGAGCGCAGAACUUUUGGCUCGUCUGAAUAGCCGUCAAAAUGGUCGACCAAUAGGAUUGACUGAUCCUUCAAGACGUGUAGCUGGAAGCCAAGUUCGCCGCUCUAGCAGCGCUCAUAAACCAACUCCAUCAUGGGAUAGUUCACAGCGACAAAGUCAGCAGCAAAGGAUGCAAGCACCUCCAAUUAUUACAACGGAGCCCCCGGUACUGGGUCCUCCACGAGCUGCCGUGGGAGCACAUGGCUCCCCAAUUUCGAGGUCGCGGGGCAGUUCCAUCUCGAGAGGCAGCCCCGUUUCAAGAGUCAGCUUGAACGAAUCUCCAAUUGAUCGUCCAAGUACUAGUCCACAACAACACGCAAGCUUGACACAGCGACGGGUGAGCAUUGGAAGAAUGCCACCACCGCCCACCUUGCGGGCAGCCAUGCCACCUUUGGAGACCAUCCACAGUCACAAUACAACGCCUGGCGAGCCCACACCAUGGUUCACGCAGUACAAGCCUUCCACGCCAGGUGCUGGUAUGACAAGACAAACCAGCCGAGCGGAGCGCAGUUCGGCGAAGAACAUCAAGGAUGCGAAGAAGAAGGGCUGGCGACAGAGCUUGUCUCCGUACGCGGAGGACAAGGAGUUCAAGAGGUUCCGGAAGGGUAGUCGUGCGCAGACUGCUCCUAAUGCUAAGGCGGGUGCUUCCUCUGCGGGGGAUGAGGAGAAGGAGAAGCAUACGAAGUGUCAUGUUAUGUAAAUUUAUUUAAUUUUCCCUUUUUAUUCUGGAUCCCGAGAUACCCAGCAAGCAAGCAAUGAAUGUUUUCGUUUGCCAUUUGCGUUCUUAGGGGGGUUGUGGCGGAUCAUCCUUCUUACUUUCUACGUUUGUCUUUUCUUUUGUAUGUUCUCGAGGAGGGGGGAGGGGCGGAAGGCGUCUCUUGAGUAUAUAUAUAUAUAUAUAUAUACAUCUAUGUAUGUAUGAGAUACCUACAGGUUCAGCAUCUCCAAAAGCUUUAUAUAGACGCUAGAUGUUUCCUAGCGGAAAUUGAUACCUAUU